AUGGCACAAGUCGAGGACGACUUUGAGACAGCCUACGUUGUGGAUUCAGUGAGAGAUAUGCCGACAACGUUUAAAUGGGUGUUCCGUGUCAAAGAGAAUCAAGAUGGUGGGAUCGAGCGUUUUAAGUUGCGCCUUGUUGCGAAGGGGUUCUCACAGAAGUUUGGCAUUGACUACGGGGAGACAUUUGCUUUGGUUGCCAAGUUCACUUCGAUUAGAGUCAUUCUCAGUCUGGCAGCCAAGUACCACCUUGAUGUAAACCAGAUGGAUGUCAGGACCACGUUUUUGAACGGCGACCCGGAUGAAGACAUCUACAUGGCGCAACCGGACGGCUACACCGACGAAGAUCACGAGCAUAUCGUUUGCAAACUGCAGCGGUCACUGUACGGGCUAAAACUAUCACCGCGAAAGUGGAACAAGACCAUCGACGAGUUCAUGAUCAAGAUCGGAUUCAAAAAAUGCGAGUCCGAUCACUGCAUUUAUAUUAAGCGAGAUGAGUAG